ACGAGCUGCGGUCUCCUUGAACGAGCCUAUCAUCGUUCGCCCGCGGCAUGUCACAUGAAAUUUUGGACUCGAGGUCAAGUAGGUUAAAACGCUAACAUAACCAUACGGAAAAUGAAAAUCUCGGAGAAAGGAUGGCGUACCGUCUGCGCGGUCCUCUGCGUGACGCUAGCGUCAACUAACGCGUACACGGUGUACGUGAUCAAUCCGAAAGCUUACAAUCCAGAAACGAUCAAUCCAAAACAAACGUACUUAGAAGUUGAGGACUUGACACGAGUGACUGAUUACCAGCCGCAUCUGAUUCCCAUAAAAUCACCCCGCGUGAUCAAAGGACUGGUGACGCUGCCGUUGGAGCCAGAAGCUGAAAUGCUACCAGCUCAUUACAUUGGUGUGAAGCCGCCAGGAGUAGACCAUAUGGAGUUGAAAUACGCGGAGUCGCAAUUGACGAAGACCAAACCUAAUCAACAACCCUCGAGAAAUCGUAAGCAACACGAAAGAGCUGGACAAGCAACAUUAAAUCGUAGUAAUGUUCAAUUAGCACAACAAGGGCGCCAAAAAACAGCUUCUCGCGAGAGCGGACGGAAAGGUGAUCACCAGAAGGAGAAGCAGAGGACUGAUAAAGUUGAGAGCGGCGGGAAAAAGAAGAGUCACUCCAAGGAAGAUGGCAGUUCUAACUAUGAAGAAGCGAAGACUGGAGGAAGGACAGGGAGCAGUCACCAGAAGAAGAAGGGUGAUUACGUAGACAGCAAAGCAGGUGGCUAUCACAAUGUUUACCAUAAAGACGAGUUCAAGAAAGAUCAUGAUUUCUACGACAACGACGAUGAAGGUGGACAUUUGAAGAAACAUGGUCAGUACAAAGAGAAGCAUACCGCGUACGAGGGCUCGUACAAGAAGGGCGCGAGCAAGAAUUCGGGUUCCGGUGAAUCGGAAGCCGGGAAGAAGGGAACUUCGGAGAACUCCCAGGCCGAGCAGGAAUCCGAAGGUCAUGUCGCCAGUAGCGAGUACGAUGGAUUCUUUAAAAACUUCCAAGGAUUCGCGAAACAAACCGGCCAAGGGAAGGGUGAAAAGUUUGACUUCGCCGAGAUGAAAGGGCGCUAG